UACGUACCAAGAAGAUGGCAACAUCGUUAGCAACACAAUGGCGACACUUUUACUUCACCCACCAAAAAUAAACUCUCUCCAUCUACUCUCGAUUCCAUCUCCAUUCUCCCUACUCCCUCUCAUCCCAUGUCCUCAUUUUAUCGUCAUUCUCAAUCUCAUGUCUACUACAAUAUAAAUAAGGAAAUUAAAAAUAAAUAUUAGAUAGUAGAAGAGAAGAAAAUUAAGAUAACAACAAAAUGGGCUCCCUCCCUUCUCCCACCUCCCCCCUUCCACCCCUCUCUUACCCUCGCCGCGAUGAGGCCGUCGUCGAAGACUAUCACGGUGUUCUCGUCUCCGAUCCAUAUCGAUGGUUAGAAGACCCUGAAGCGGAGGAAACCAAGCAAUUUGUCGAGGAGCAAGCAGCCCUCACUGACUCUGUGCUCUCGCAAUGCGAACACAGACACAAGCUCAAGAAUCAGCUCACUGCUCUCUACAACCAUCCAAGAUUCUACAUCCCAUUCAAACGAGGCGGCAAAUACUUCUACUUUCAAAACACCGGCCUCCAAGCCCAUAACGUGCUCUGCGUUCAGAAAGGUUCGAAUGGAGAACCGGAGGUUUUAUUGGACCCGAACGGAUUAAGUGAAGAUGGUAGUGUCUCUCUCAACAGGUUCGCGAUUAGCGAAGAUGGAGAGUACUUAGCAUAUGGGAUUAGCUCGUGUGGGAGCGAUUGGUCUACUAUUAGAGUAAUGAGGGUUGAAGAUAGGAGAGUUGAAGAUGAUUGCAUUUCUUGGGUUAAGUUCUCACAGAUUACUUGGACUCGUGAUGGCAAGGGGUUCUUCUAUUGCAGGUUUCCUAAGCCCAAGGAAGGGAGUGAAUUGGAUGCUGGGACAGAGACAAAUUCCUACCAAAAUCAUGAACUCUACUAUCAUUUUCUGGGCACUGAUCAAUCAGAGGAUAUACUUUGCUGGAGAGAUCUUGACCAUCCAAAGUACAUCUAUUCAACUGAAAUCACUUUGGAUGGAAAAUAUCUACUUCUGGAAGUUGAAGAAAGUUCUGCAUCCUUCAACAAAUUAUACUACUGCAACUUAUCCUCACUUCCCAAAGGACUUCAAGGAUUCAAGAGCAGCAACCAAUUACUCCCCUUCAUCAAAUUCAUCGAUAACUUUGAAGCACGAUACACAAAUGUAUCAAAUGAUGGUGCCGAAUUUACUUUCUUAACAAAUAAAAAUGCCCCAAAAUAUAAACUAGUUCGAGUAAAUCUCAAUGAACCAGAAGCUUGGACUGACAUUGUGCCAGAGAAUGAGAAGGAUGUAUUAGAAUCAGCACGCGCUAUUAACGGUAACAAGGUUUUAUUAUGUUACAUAAACGAUGUAAAGAAUACUUUGCAAAUAAGAGAUUUGCAAACUGGACAAUUUUUGCACGAUUUACCGAUAGAUAUUGGUACUGUUACCGUGAUUGCUGGUAGACGAGGAGAUAGUGAAGCUUUUAUCGGGUUUACUAGCUUUCUUACUCCUGGAAUUAUUUACAAGUGCAAUUUGGCUGCUGAAGUUCCUGAGAUGAAGAUAUUUAGAGAAGUUUCGGUUCCUGGGUUUGAUCGAAGAGAUUUUCAGGUUAAACAGGUUUUUGUUCCCAGUAAAGAUGGAACUAAAAUCCCCAUGUUCAUCGUCUGCAAAAAGAACAUACUUCUCGAUGGAUCUCAUCCAGCUUUACUAUAUGGUUAUGGUGGUUUCAAUGUUAGCCUCACGCCAUCAUUCAACAUUAAUCAUAUAGUCCUCAUAAAGAAUUUAGGUUUCAUUUAUUGCUUAUCAAAUAUUCGCGGUGGAGGAGAAUAUGGUGAAGAAUGGCAUGAUGCAGCUACACUUUCAAAGAAACAAAAUUGUUUUGAUGAUUUCAUAGCCUCAGCUGAGUUCCUUAUUUCUAGUGGAUAUUCUAGUCCUGAGAGACUGUGUAUAGAAGGUGGAAGUAAUGGUGGGAUUUUAGUUGCAGCUUGCAUAAAUCAGAGACCUGAUCUUUUUGGAUGUGCACUUGCUCAUGUUGGUGUUAUGGAUAUGUUGCGUUUCCACAAAUUCACAAUAGGGCAUGUCUGGGCUUCUGAAUUUGGAUGUUCGGAUAACGAGGAAGAUUUCCGUUGGCUAAUCAAAUACUCACCACUUCACAAUGUCAGAAGACCUUGGGAAAAAUCUGGUGAUCGAUGUUGCCAAUACCCAUCAACAAUGUUGUUAACAGCAGAUCAUGAUGAUCGUGUUGUGCCUUUGCAUUCAUUGAAGUUACUGGCGACAAUGCAGUAUAUUCUCUCCCACAGUGUGGAUAAAAGCCCACAAACGAACCCGAUAGUUGCUCGUAUAGAUCGAAAGUCUGGGCAUGGAGGAGGCCGUUCUAUCCAAAAGCAGAUUGAUGAAGCUAGUGAUCGCUAUGGCUUCGCUGCCAAGAUGUUGGGAGCUUAUUGGAUCGAUUGAACCCCCUUCUAGCAAAAAAUGGAAAUUUCAUGAUAUAGAUUGAUGAAAGCAAUGAGCUCAUCAAGUGGGACAUUGCACAUUAGAUUGUUGUUGUUCCCUAUACUGCAAUUUUACGUUAAAACGCCGCGUCCCUUAACAAGUUUAGUGACAAAUUCUGUAGGUCAGGCCCCGAUUAAACAGUUGUAUAGCGACGGAAGAAAAUAUUUGUAAAGAUGCAUAAAACUGGGUUUUAGAUGAUCAUGCUCACGAAUGUAUCAGGAAAAAGAAUCAAAACAGAACGGAACAUUGGGUAAUCUGAUUUACCUUUCUUUGGAAUGAGAAUGUUUAUUUGGUUCCUCAUA